CCCAUCUCGUCCCUGAACACAUCUGGUCUUCAAGAUGCUGUCUCUCGUGCUUCUUUUGGCUGCCACUGCCUCCGCCCAGAUACCAUCUCUGGGAUGGUGCCCGGACUACCAGCCAAUGGCAGACUUUAACGUGAACCGUUUUCUUGGAACUUGGUAUGAAUCCGAGCGCUACUUCACAGUAUCCGAGUUAGGUAGUCGUUGCGUGGCAAUAAAAUACAACAGUACCCCAGAAGGAAGAAUCCUAGUGUCCAAUGAGAUCACCAAUUCUUUAACGGGACUGAAACGUGUAUUGGAAGGUUCAAUGCAAAUGAUUGGAAGAGAGGGCGAAGGACGCAUGAUGAUCAAAUAUACAGCACUACCAAGAACUUAUGAUAACGAAUUCAGCAUCCUGGAUACUGAUUACGAUAAUUAUGCAGUCAUGUGGUCCUGCAGCGGCAUUGGACCAGUACAUAUCCAAAACGCUUGGGUUCUUACUCGUGAAAGAAUACCUCCCCUAAUGGUGUUGCAAAGCGCAUAUUCGGCUCUGGAACGCUUCAGAAUUUCUAGGACUUUCUUCGUGAAGACCGACCAAGCUGACUGCAAUGUUCUUCCCGAUAUCGCUGCUGAUCCCUCAUUAUUAAAAAGCACAAUUGAAGUCAGUAUCGAUGCCAAAAACGUGCAUCCUAUACCCAACGUUGAAAUUCCCAUUGAGAAGAAAGAAGAAUCUAAAAUUCCGCCUCCGAUAGUUCGCUCUGCUAUUCCUGAAAUAUCAGAUGAACCGAUGAAGAUGCAGGAAAUUGAAAUGAUGGAAAAGAAGGAAGAAAAAAUAGAGAAACCUGUCGAAAUGAAGAACGAAAAUAUGGAAAUGGAAAAAGAAAAGGAGAAGGAGAAAAUGGCUGAUAUUGAAAAACCUCAAUAAAAUUUUGUACCAUUUAUUGUACUUGUGAGAUCCAUCUUUAGAAUGGCUAUUAGUAUCUAAACAAAAAGGCUAUUGUACCAAAUAAGUCUCGAACUGUUUACAACCCACAAGGACUAUCUAAACAGAUACUUUAUACGUACCAAUAGUCAAUAAUGAAUUUGUUUUAAAGUCAGCGAUGAGCAAUAAAAGAAAAAUUUAAAC